GCGCGAGCCACUGAAGUUGGAAUCUUGGACGCCGAGCUGACAAAGCUGAAAGCGAUGCGCUUCCACACCUUUGGGAGGCUGGCCUUUGCCAGCAACUAUGUUCCUGGGCAGUCUGAUGAUGGCCCAUUAAAAGUCUUGGCAAGCAAGAUCACUGGCGAGGACCCUGCGCCUGAUGACCGUUUGCCGGUCAUCAGGCGCUUGGUGUUCGAAGCUUACACCCUGGCGGCUGCGGACAUGCGCACGCGGCUCGAGCGCAAGGAUGGUGAUGCGCCUCGGUGCUUGGCGCACGCCGAGCGGACCUCCCGCUACACCGAGCAGUGCAAGCGGCUGAAAGGCUUGGAGUUGACGGGGGAGGGGCAGCUCCGCUACGUGCGCUGGGAGGAAUGCACCAAGCGCGACCAGGAACUGAUGGGCCUGAAGAGCGAUCCUGUGUGGAAACCAGACGCCAGCGGCGUUAUCAAGGAGACCAAGGUGGCAGAGGUUCUCAAAGCUGAUUACAACACGGACCUCAAGCUGAAGUUCGCAUUGCAGCGGAGGAGUUUGGCGUUUGACCAAGCGCGAUUGGUUGACUAUGAGGAGUUUGAGAAGUGGAGCCAGGUCCUUCUGGAGGCAUACACUUCACCACCGCCGGAGGGCUACAACAAGCCUAACAUUGAGCAGGUCCACCGUGCUGAUUUGGAAUUGUUCAAGUUCAUGAUGCGCGAGACCAGAUCCGGCAUCAAGGCUGUGAAUGGAGUUCAGCCCCUGGAUAAGGCCUUGAAGACAGCGCUUCAAGCUCCGGCUGUUCGCCUAUGUCUCCAGCCUUUACAGGGCAAGAGGCGCAAUGACAGCCACGAGGAUGAGCCCGACAAGAAAAAGCCCAAGGACCAGGGUGAUGGUGACAGACUGAAAAGAACCAUUGAGAACUUGCAAGGCCAGAUUCGCAACCUCAAGGCACAGAGUUCCAACCAAGUGCCCGCAAAGAAGGGUCGAGGUUCAGCACCCAACGUCACCGUGACCUUUGCUCCGAUCCUGCAGCAUGUGCCGCGCAGAGGCGCGCCGUGCUCGCAGCCGUUGCGGUCUGCCAAGUAUCCGCAUGGCCUUCCGAACCUCACGAAUGUGCAGCUACAGCGAGUUCGCAAAGUCACAGCUGAGUUUGCAGCAGCUCAUGGCAUUCCUGUGCUUGCCAAGGCUGACGCUCGGCCAUCCAUGAGCGAUGCGCAACUCAUGAAGUCCACCAGGUGGACGCGGAACGCGAUCCUGAACAAGCGCCCCAUAGAUUGCGGGGAAGAUGUUCGCAGUGCUGUUUGGCAGAGCGCUUUGGACGAAACAGCGCAAAAGCAGUUGUUUGUGGCGCAGGCCCUGCCCUUCGGGGCGUCAGCGUCGGUGUAUGGGUUUAACCGCUGUGCCCGGGCGCUUCAUGGCAUCGGCGAGCGACUCUUCGGCUUGCUCUUUGAUAUGCUUGGUUGGCAGUACUCAGUCAAGGAGGCCAAGCGCCAGCCUAUGAGGCUGCAGUUUGCCGAAACACAUACCUUUGGCCGAGUGUUGGCGGCUAACCUCAGAGCUUUCCAGAGCAGGGCUGCCAGCAAGUCGCUAAACACAGAAGUGGAUGAGGUCCUGGCAGCAGAGCUGGGCUGGGUGAGCGAGUACCUCAAUGCCAGCAGGCCCAGAUGCCUCAAGGUUGGCAUGAGCAAAAGUCGCUGGAUCAUCUUCACAGAUGCCUCGUUAGAGGACGGCGACCAGCGUGGAUACAUUGGCAUGGUGGCUUUGCGUGUUGUAGUGGGCCAGGAGUUCGCACCGGCCGCCGGCACCGAAGAGCUGAGCUGCUAUACUCUGGAGGAUGCCCUGCACACUUUGCACAGGGACAGCCCCGUCCGUGGCGAGGCAGGAGCCACAGCCGCGGAGGACGCUCCGGGACUUCAAGCUGCCAUCCUUGGUCUCUUGCCGGCGGCCGUGAGGACCUUCAAGAAAGCAAACCCGGCUAGCUCGCAUCCUGGCGCUUUUGUGCCAGCGGCGUUAGAAGUCACGACUUAUGACAGUUCUUUCAGUUACCGGCAGGAUCAAGUCGCCCGACUGGGAGAGCGAGCAAGGCCGGAGACAACUGAUGAAGACCGAAGACGAUUUCAGCAGAGCCCCUUCAUGCAACGAAUGAGGGAGAUCGAUGAGAAGGCGUGGCAGCAGUUCAGCGAGCGCGACAAGAAGCGCGCUCAGAGCGACCCGAGCUUCAAGCCGAAGGACUCCGAUUUCGAGGCGCCGAAGUCCUUCAAGUACGACAGGUCGGUGAACUACUACAAGACGCUUGGCUUGGAUGAUUAUGCCACCAACGAGGACAUCAAGAAGGCAUAUAGGAAGCUGUCCCUGAACUACCACCCUGACAAGCAGACCGGCAAAACGCAGGAGGAGAAGGAUGAGGCAGCCACCAUCUUCAUGGAAAUCAAGAAUGCUUACAAGUUGCUCAGCGAUGACCCCACGCGGCGGCAAUAUGACUUCGAGCGGGACAGAGAUCUUGUGACUGCGCAGUCCAAUGGCAGGAAGCCUCAAGACAAGAACGGCUUUGACGCCGGCGAGGCCCUGCAGCGGAUGAUGCAGAAAGCCAAGGACAACAAGAAGUUGCCCAGCGAGGUCAUCUCAGUGCCAGUGCACUGCCGGAUCGAGAAGUUUGUCUUCGGGGGUCAGAAGACCCUAAAGCGCACGCGUUUGGUGAAGGAUCGCAGCUACGGUGGCUUCACGGAGGAGCCGAAGACCUUCAGAGUGGACUUGCCGGCGGGGGCCGAGCAGCCGUUCCCGGUAGAGUUCCGGCGCCAGGGGGACCAACACGAGCAGCGGGAGGCCGACACCAUCCGCUUCGUCUUCUCGUCGAAGCCGCACCUGGAGCUGGAGCGGGACGGGCAGAACCUGAGACUGCGCGAGAGCCUUCGGCUGGGGCCCUCCUUGCGGCACGAGCCCUACCUGUCGGCCUCGCUGUCGGUGUUUGCCGGCCGCCACAUCUUCCUUUGGGGACGGAACCCUUUCUUCGGCUCGAGUGCGCUCGCAGAGGAGGGAGACCUUCUGCUUCGCAUGGACGGUCUCGGUGUGGGGUCUGGCACCCUGGCCUUGGCGCUGAAGCUGCUGCUGGGACCGAAGUCUCCUGCGGCGGAACGGAAAGCCCCGGCCGCAUCGCCCCCCGGCCGUCGGGCUUUCCUGGAGAAGUUCGGCCUGACUCCAAGUGGUGGCUUCAAAUCAUCUGCAGGUUCUGAGCCUGGCGGCAUGCUGCAAGAGCUAGUGGAGCGCCGGCAGCGCAAGCGAGAGCUCAAUGAGACACUGCGCCGGGAAGUGCUGCUCAGGCCUUUGGGCGAGCCGAUUCAGCUGUUCACCAAGCCGCCAAGCAGCCUCCUGUUCUUGGGAGGCUCCGGUCUUUUUGUAGUCAGUCUGGACUGUCCGGCCUGCGGCAAGAAGAAAGCUGCAAGCGACUGGGAUCGGCUGAAGGCAAAGCUGACGACCAUUUUGAAGGAGACUGCCUUCUUCUUGUUGCCGGAUGCACGAGCAGUGCUGCCGCGGUCUUUGCUUCCUAAGGCAGUCUUCGACGACCGCAUUGCAUUGUUGCGGUCUGACCGGGCUAUGCCUUGGAAGUUCGUUGGUGACAAGGCAUUCAAGCAGGGCAACUACUGGAUUGCCUGCGCUGCCUAUGCGCAGAGGCUGAAAGAGUUGAAAGUGAAGCUCCCAUCAGAGGCAGAGGUUGAGGGAGCUGAGGAGGGGGAAGAGGAGGAAGAGGAGGCAGAGGAGGUGGUGGACCACGGCAGAGGCCCAGAUCUGGUGCCUGAGGCUGCAAAACUACUCUCCAACCGCGCGGCCUGCUUCGUCCGUAUCAAGGACUACGGCGCAGCAGUGAGCCAUGCCCGGAAGGCCACGCGCCUGGCUCCGCGCUGGGCGCGGGCUUGGAGCCGCCUGGGGCAGGCGGCCUGGGACUUGGGGAGCGAGGCGUGCGCGGAGGCGGCUGAGGCCUACGCCAAGUCUGUGGAGAUGGAGCCGCUGAUCUCCGCGGUGCAGGCCCUGCAGGCGGCCGUGCGGCAGCUCCACGGGCCCAACCCCGAUGCGGCCCAUGCCGCCAAGGAGCGGGGCAACGAGGCCAUGCGCGGGGCGGAGCUGGGCCGCGCCAUCGCCUGCUACACCCAGGCCAUCGCUCAGCUGCCGCCGCAGGUGACGGCCGAAGCGGACCGGCCAGAUGAGCAUGCGCUGCUGAGGGGCGUGCUCUUCACCAACCGCUCCGCUGCAUUCUGCAGGGUGCGCAAUUGGGAUGCAGCAGUUGCAGAUGGCCGGGAAGCCAUUGCAGCACAGCCAGGCUUGUCGAGCGCUCACGCGCAGCUGGGAGUGGCACUUCUGGGAAGUGGCUGCCACCAGGAGGCUUACAUUCAGUUUGCCAGGGGCGUGCAUCUCAGUUCAGAGCACAAGCCCUCGAUCAAAGGCCGCAACACCUGCUUGAAAGAGAUGCUGGUGUGGAAGUCAAGCUCAGCGACUGCCCGGUACAAAAACCGCUUCUGGCUGGACCUUCGAAGGAGCAAGGGCUCAUCCAGAGUUUUUGCCCUGUCGGACGUGCAUUUCGACCAGAAAUGUAAUGAGGAUUGGGCCCACGGCAUUGAUGACCUUGCGUUUCUGGACGACGUGCUGAUUGUGGCUGGAAAUGUUGCAGAUACAAAGGUUGGGGUGAUGCGAGCCCUUACAACCCUGAAGUCCAAAUUCCGGCGAGUUUUUUACACAGUAGGCAACCAUGAGAUGCAGAUCAUGACCUCAGAGUUUGCACGGUAUCCAGACUCCCUCUCAAAACUGAACGAGAUAUUCACUGCGUGUGAUGAUUUGGGCAUUGAUGUUUUCCCCGCUCCAGUUUGCGAGGGCUUGCUGGUGAUGCCUCUGCUGUCCUGGUGCAGUGCGGAGUAUGACCAAGAGGAUCCAUUCCCAGAUCCGAAUGCAAGAUUCAACUUGCGAUGUGUGUGGCCUAUGGAUGCAGACCUUCAGCUUUGGAAGUACAUGAUGAAGCUGAACGAGCCAUUCCUAGACAUUCGAGGCUUUGAUACUGUGAUCACCUUUUCUCAUUUCUUGCCACGACAAGGCCUGCCUUUCGACAAGACUAGAAAAAAUGCAGUGAAAGCCGUUGGAUGUGACAUGAUCGAUGAGCAAGCCCGGGCCGUCAAGAGCAAGUUGCACGUUUACGGGCAUGGCCGUGUCCGCUAUGCGCAGAUGCAUGCCGGCGUGCGCUAUGUGAGUGCGCCCAUUGGUUUGGAAGCAGACUGGCCCAAGGACCACCCCCCCAGGCUGAUGAUGGUGCACAAUGGCAGGAGCUUGUGCAUGCAGGAGUGGGGCCGGGAUGACGAGCCUCCCUUGGGCUAUUUGAAGCGGCUGCUGCACGUGGGGGUCUACGCGAUGCCUGGCCUGCGGGAGGGUGAGCUGCGGAAGAUCCAGGCGGUGCUGGAGAAGCUGGGCUCCUCCAGCGUGCUGUGCUCCUUCGAGCGCAUCGGAAGCCGGCACCUGGACAAGGAUGCACUGGGCAAGGAAGCCCCAGAGAUUGCGCAGGCCAGCCAGGACAUGACCCACAUGCUGGUGGUGGUUGCGGACAGCAUGACUGCCCUCAAAGGCUUCCUCAGCAGCGAGGGCUACUGCUCCAGCUGGCGUGCCGCUGUUUCGCCUGCCCGGAAGAGCCUCUUCUUCACCUCGGCGCUGGGGCUGGACCUGGUGAAUGCCAAGAGGCGCGACCCCACUCUGGUGCUGCACGCCCUGCAGCUGAAGGUUUCGGUCAAGGAGGACGGGGACGAAAUGGCCAAGAUGCAGAAGGCGGUGGAGGCCAUCAGCAAGCUGCCAGGCAUAGAUGGAAAGAUCUCGGUGGCCCUUCAGCCACUGGGCUGGGGCCGCUACUCCCACGAGGAGCUACAGGAGCAGCUGGGUCUGAAAGAGGGCUGUGCCCUCACUCACUGCUUCUCGGUGCUCGUGGACGAGCCUGCCAGCUACAAGAUGCUCGCGCAGAGCAAGACCUUCGGAAAGUGGAAGGCCUCCUAUGAGCCCUGCCUAGUGAAACCAGCAGCGUUGCUGGCUGUGGCCGUUCCGCUCGACUUUGCCGCCACUGCGGCUGCCCCUAAGCCGCCGCCGCCGCCGAAAGUGCGGCAGAACGGUGUCCGCUGA